AUGCCAGAAAUUUAGUAAUAAGCGUCAUGGAUACAAAGCAAAGAGGUGAGUUUGAGAAAACGCAUGAAGCAAAUUUUGCUAUUGGCCUGGCUGGGGUUGGUCGUUUCCGAGUAAGUGCGUUUUAUCAAAGGAGUCAGGUGGGGAUGGUUGUUCGCCGUAUUGAAACAACCAUCCCAAAGCUGGAAGAAAUGGAUUUGCCUCCUAUUUUGAAAGAGGUUUCUCUAACCAAGAGAGGGAUUGUUUUGAUGGUAGGUGCGACCGGCACAGGUAAGUCUACGACAUUGGCAGCAAUGGUAGGUUACAGAAACCGGCACACUUCAGGACAUAUCAUUACGAUAGAAGAUCCUAUUGAAUUUGUUCAUGCACAUCAUGGUUGUGUCGUAACGCAACGAGAAAUAGGAGUAGAUACCGAUAGUUGGGAAACUGCGCUCAAAAAUACAUUAAGACAGGCGCCAGAUGUCAUAUUGAUUGGCGAAAUAAGAACAAGGGAAAGUAUGGAUCAUGCCAUUGCUUUUGCUGAAACAGGCCAUCUGGUGUUGGCUACUUUACAUGCCAAUAAUGCCAACCAGACUUUGGAUCGCAUUCUGAACUUCUUCCCCGAAGAUCGCCGUAAUCAACUUCUAAUGGAUUUGUCUCUGAACUUGAAGGCUGUGUGUGCUCAACAACUAAUCCCUAAAAAGAGCGGCGGUAGAAAAGCUAUAUUGGAAAUUAUGUUGAAUACGCCUUUAGUAGAAGAAAAAAUACGCCGUGGUGAAGUCAGUGUUUUGAAGUCCAUUAUGAAAGAUAGUGAGGUUCAAGGGAUGAAAACAUUUGAUGGAGCUCUUAUCGAAGCUUAUUUUAAUGGUGAGAUUGAAUAUGAAGACGCCAUAAGGUAUGCAGAUAGCCAAAAUGAGGUUAGGCUUGCGAUCAAGCUUUCCCGAGCCGGGGGUAAAAAUGCUCUAGGUAGCGGGCUGAAUGGUGUAGAGCUAGAUGAGAAAUAA